CAUGGCGGGCGUACAGAGAGCCACACGGCGUCCACGCCUCGGUUUUAUACUCGGCGUCUCCACCAUUUCACUCCUCAUCCUCUGCAGCCAAGCUUCAAGAGACAGGCGGCAGGAAGAGAGGCAGCGGAGAGACAUCCUGGGCUCCACAGAGAUCCCGGCGGAGCACAUCGACCCGGCUGCCAUCGACCUCACUCCCCUGGUCAAUACUCUAAUAAACACCAGCCAAUCGGGCUCCCGGCAGCUCUUCUCCCUCCUCAGUGUGACGUCCUACAGCUCUCUGGCUCUCCACAAACUCACCCUGCUCGUCUACAACAUUUCCAGCAUUAAAAGUUUAGAAAGCAACACGUUCAGGAGAAGAUUCUGCUACUGUGUCACAAAUGAGACCAACGAUCUAACAGACUUUACGGCCAUCCUGUUGGAUGUGAUGGGAAACUCAACCAGUUACCUGCAUGAGCUCUUUAAAUCUGCCUCUAUCUUAUCAGUGAGCCAGAGGAACAACUCUGAGUGCAUUUACAUCUGUGUGAUGGCAGGUAAGAUGGGCAGAGCGGUGCCGGAGCUGUGGGAGGUCGGCUCCGUCAGGCCGCUCUUCAACCAGACCAUUGUGGAAGGACCACACAGAGUAGGUAACAUCUCCUCCAUCAGACUUCCCCUCGAAUGGCACCAACUGCCCAACAAUCUGAGUCACAUCUCUCCAUCUGGGAUGAGCUCAGUGUUAACCAGCAGAGUCCAAUCCACCGCACAUGUUUCACCAACAACUAUGGAUGAAACUGCUGCAACUACAGCAAAGAUCACCUCUGCCCAGCAGCUGGCAACAUCUCCGCAACCUGCAACUGCGAUGCCACAAAGUCAAACUACAGCGGACAGACUGGAGACGACGGCACAAAGAAUGACGACACAAAGAGUAAUGACGACACAAAUGGGUACGACGCAGAAAGUAACAACACAAGCAGUAACGGCAGCACAGACAACGGAUACGGAAAAAACAACUAUUGCACAACCAAUUACCUCAACGCAACCAACCACCAUCCUGCAAGUCCCCAAUGCAUCCGUCACAACAGCUGCAGCUCCAACCACAGAAACGAUUCCACCAACCACAGAAACGGCUCCACAAACCACAGAAACAGCUCCACAAACCACAGAAACAGCUCCAUCAACCACAGAAACGGUUCCACCAACCACAGAAACAGCUCCAUCAACCACAGAAACGGUUCCACCAACCACAGAAACAGCUCCAUCAACCACAGAAACGGUUCCACCAAUCACAGAAACGGCUCCAUCAACCACAGAAACGGUUCCACCAACCACAGAAACGGUUCCACCAACCACAGAAACGGCUCCAUCAACCACAGAAACGGUUCCACCAACCACAGAAACGGCUCCAUCAACCACAGAAACGGCACCAUCAACCACGGAAACAGCUCCACCAACCACAGAAACAGCUCGGCCAACCACAGAAAGAGUUUCAUCAACCACAGGAACAGCUCGACAAACCACAGGAACAGCUCCAUCAACCACUAAAACAGUUCCAUCAACCACAAAGAGGUCUCUAUCGACCACAGAAACAGCUCCACCAAUCACAGUAACCUCUCCGUUAAUCACUCCGUUGAGUACAACCCGACUGACCACAGCGUCAACAAACCCCACCACGUCCUCACCAGUUAUUAGUCCGACCCGGCUAACCACAGCUACACACCAGCCAACAACAAAGACCCAGCGCAUGACUUCGACAGUUCACCCCACAAGACUUUCAACUGGGCGUCCAACAGCAGGACCUACGGAGGUUAGAAGGACUACAGGGUCUCUGAGCUGGAGAACCACCACACCCAGCAAGUCUGUGGAAACAGAAAAACCAGGUUGUCCAUGGAGACGGACGGAGCUGGCCGACAUCCCGCUUUCCGGCAACCCGCUUUCCGGCGCCACGACGACCGUCGGCGCUCACAAGCUGCAGCCGUGCGUCCUCGAGCUCUGCAAGUUCUUCUCCCAGUGCCUCUGCAGACCCUCCGGCAACAAGACACGCAUGAAAAGAUACUGCGACGACAGCCACCUCUGGUAUGAAAAACACACGUUGGAGGUGUGUCGGCGGGUCCGGAGAGUCUCCUUCUCCAGAAAUCUGAAACAGAGAUGCCUGACAAAGAUGUGCAGUAAACUGUGACUCGAGUGGAGGCAGAGGAGAAACAAAAGAGCCCUUCAUCAUCAAGGGAAGUGACCCCCACACUCCAGACUACAGCUGAGUACACUCUUGGAACAUCUGGAGGAUGUGUGGGGACAGAAUCGGGAUGGAAAUCGGAAACAAGUUUUUACACAAAAGUGCAACUUUUUAGCUUGAUCGUGUUUUUUUCGCCUCCAACGGUGCCUUCCAGGCAGCUAACCCUAAACAUAACCAUUGCUACGCUGCCUGGAAGGAGACGUUGGGGGCAAAAAAACACCAAAGACCAACUUUUUUACACAUCCUUCAUGUUUUGACAUUUAUCACUAUAAUCUCCACGGUGAUGUUAUGUUUUUAGGGCCAAGAAGACUAAAUGCACGUAUGACUCAAACCGGACACGGAAAUCUGGCAUCCUGAAAGUGAUGAAUGUUCUCGUCCUGGACUAUUUAUGAAAAUCAUAUUUAAACCCAAGGUAUUCAAAUUAUUUUAAAGGUGCCCUGCCACACAAAACCGUUUUUACUUGCAUUUUUUGAAA